AUGGAGCACGAUCAGACCCCAACCCCAACCCACGAUCCCCACGAGGACACCAUUGGCGGCAUCGAGGGCUCUCCCCAUAUCGGCGGCGCCGCUCAGAACAACGGCUAUGCGCGGACAGAGACCCGUCAUCACCACCAAAGCCAGUCCCUCGACCAGGGCCUCUCCAACUCGCCCAGACCAGAAGAUACCAUGGACCCCACGAACCGAUAUACCACGCCCCCCAUCCCUCUAGCGCCGACCAACAUAUCGCGACCCGCCUCUCGUCUCUCCGCCGGCGGCGGCGACCGCAACGUCCAGGGCUACCCCCCGGAGUACUCAUCCCGCGCCGGUCCGAGCGAGCAAAAGAGCCGAGAUCACGUCGUCAUUAAGGUCGGCAUGGUGGGCGAUGCCCAGAUCGGAAAAACAAGUUUGAUGGUCAAGUACGUGGAGGGAAGCUGGGACGAGGAUUACAUCCAGACCCUUGGUGUCAAUUUCAUGGAGAAGACGAUUAGCAUCCGGAAUACGGAGAUUACAUUUUCCAUCUGGGAUUUGGGCGGCCAGCGUGAGUUCGUCAACAUGUUGCCACUCGUAUGUAAUGAUGCGGUUGCCAUUUUGUUCAUGUUCGACUUGACACGCAAGAGCACCCUCAACAGCAUCAAGGAGUGGUAUCGUCAGGGUCGCGGUUUCAACAAGACGGCCAUUCCUAUUCUUGUGGGGACCAAGUAUGACCACUUUGUCAACUUUCCUCGUGAGGACCAGGAGGAGAUUUCAAACCAGGCCCGGCGGUUUGCCAAGGCGAUGCGUGCAGCGCUCAUUUUUAGCAGCACGAGUCACAGUAUCAACGUCCAGAAGAUCUUCAAGAUUGUUCUCUCGAAAGCAUUUGAUCUCAAGUGCACUAUUCCCGAGAUUGAGAACGUCGGCGAGCCGCUACUUCUCUAUCAGUCCUGCUGA